GUGUUCUAAUGACCAACAUUUUCUCGUGCUUUAUCCAUCAACAGGUACAAAGGUUUCCGUAGCAAGUUUGAAGGUAAGACUCCGUCCCUAAGGAAGCUGAGCAUGAAGUUUUUGGGUAUGAAGAUCCAGGAAGGGGAGCAUAACUCAGUUGAAGAUGCACAAGCAACAAUGAGUCUGUACAUGCUUUGUCGAAAGCAGUGGGACCCUAAACAGAAGAAGAAGAGGAACAAUGCUAGUAAAGAAUAUUAUAAAUAUGAACCAAGAAAAGAAAGCAGAAGAACCAACGUCACGUCAUCUUCAUACUUCGGCCAAGUCAGCAAGCUCCCGUCAUUUGAAACCAAAAACGACAAGAAUAUUGAGAUUGUGACAAUAUACGGUAAUCAUCAGGAAUUAGGCAAGGAAAAGGAUGAAGAGCUGGCAAAUUGUGAGAGUUCUGAGUUGAAAAAAGGUCUGUCUGAAAAUGACCCUUCAACUCUUGGUUCUAAUGCCAUCCAGACAGAAAAGACAAGUGGUAGUAGUAUUAUGUCAACCCCGGAACAACAGAACGAGAUCUAAAAACCAGGCAAAAGCAUCUGGCGAAGACCUGGAUCCAUCAUGCUGACCUUAAAUCAGUACAAGAUGCACAAGUGGUAAUGCUAGGUUAAGAAUGUUACCAUCAACAGUGAAGGAACACUGUUUCAAAAUAAAAACAGAAUGAGGUAAAAGAAAAGAAAGACAAAAGAAAAAAAAAUGCAGAAUCCAAGAAGGUAAUAGCAAGUAAGGAACUUUCUUUCUUUGUAUAAGUGAAAUUUGUAUUUGUUUUUGUUUCUAAUAUUUUGUUGCUAACAUUAUAAGGUUUAGAGAUGAUUGCAUUAUGAUUUUAUGGUAUAAAAAAAGUUAUUGUUUUCAGUUCAGAUACUUUACCAGAUAUUGUUAAGUUUGUGUUCCACACAAAAGAAAAUAAUCAGGUAAAUUGAAAAGCACAAGAUAAUUAUAAAUAUAUAUAUUAUUUACAUUUCUUUGUCACAUUUGUUGAUUAAAAAUAGAUUGGUGAA